AUGGCCGAAAUCGCUGCUGCUGCUGUCGCUGCAGCUAGCGAAGCAGCAGCAGCAGCAGCUGCUGCUGCUGCUGCUGCGAAAGAACUCUUGCGGGCCGUUCCUGGGGAAGAUGACGCCGCUUGGGAGCUGCAGCAGCAGCAGCACGAAGAGACGGUGCAGCAGCAGCAGGAAGAAAUUGCCCAGCUGCGUCAGCAGCAGGCGCGCAUGCAUCUCGAAGCAGAGAAGGAACUUAACAGCAGCAGCAAGAGCAGCAGCAAGAGCAGCAGCAAGCAGCACCGCCGUCUCCGUCUUGCUGCUGCAGCAGCCACGGACCCAGCAGCAGCAAGCAGGUCUUCUAAAGGAGCUCAACGCCAUAGCGUCAGCAGCAGCGGGAGGAGCAGCAGCGUAGAUACAGUCGAGACCAUCAGCAGCAGCAGCAGCAACGAGAGCAGCAGCAGCUCCAGCGAGAGCAGCAGCAGCAGCAGCAGCAGCAGCACAAGCGAUGAAUCCGAAGAGUCAGCGGGGCAGGAGGGGCCGCAGAAGCGCGACGGGGAGCAGCAGCACAGCAGCGCGGGGAAGGGGACGAAGGAGCUGUGGCAGCAGCCGCGACAACCGCAACGCUGA